AUGUCGUCUUCAACUGAAAAUACUCAUUGUCCUGGUAUUGAUUACCUUAUAAUUAUUAAUCUUGAAGCUACGAUCUCUGAAGAAAUAUCACAAUCUACUAUACAAGUAACGAAGGCCUCACAGUCACAACGUAAAAGUUUUUGUAAGGAAACGGCAGAAAUUAUUGAAUUUGCAUGGGCAAUAGUAGAUACAAAAAAUUUUGAAGUGGUAUACCAACAUUCACAAUAUGUAAAACCUAAAGUUACUCUAUUAACAACCUUUUGCACCACUCUUACAAACAUAACUUGGGAUCAACUUGAAUUCGCUGGAAAUUUAAAGGAUGCAAUUGAUGCGUUAGACGAUUAUAUUCAGAACAAAAUACUUGCUGAAAAUAAAACCUUUUGUUUUUGUACACAUGGAGCUUGGGAUUUAAGGAUCCAAUUACCAAGAGAAGCAAAAGAUAAAGAAAUCGAACUGUCAAGUUAUUUAACACAUUGUAGAAUGUUUGAUUUAAAGCAAGAAUAUCAAAGAUGGCACGUUCAUCAUCCAGAUAUGACGCUAAAAACUCUUUCAUUGCAAGAAAUGAGUUCAACUUUUGAUUUAAUAAUAGUGGAAAUUCAUGAAUCAGGAUUGAAUGAUGUUUUAACCAUGGUCAACGUUGUCAGAUAUUUUUGUUCUUUUGGUCAUCAUGAUGUUUUCGUUAAUCCAAUAGAUACAAGUGCAGACUUGAAUCAGUUUAAAAAAGAACAGUCUAAAGUAAUCCAUUUAGCAGGCUUACCACACGAUGUUACACAACCUGAAUUAGAAGCAUGGUUUUCGGGUCAAGGUGUAAGACCUACAACAUUGUCGAUGAUUAAACCACCUGAUAAUCAAAAAUCAAGUGGAAUUGGGUUUGCAAUUUUCGCUACUCAUGAAGAUUCUAUGGCUUGUUUGGAUAUGAAUGGUAGAACGUUAGGUGAUCGAGUUAUAGAAGUUAGUCCAAGUAGCGAAAGAAUAAUCGAAGCUGCUGGAUCAAUGUUAUCACCGUUUCAGAUGAUAAAAAAUCAUGUUCGUCCAGGUGAUUGGAUAUGUUCAAUAUGUCAAUUUCAUAAUUUUUCUUCAAGGAGAACAUGUUUCAAGUGCAAUACCAUCAAUCCGAAUCCUCUUCCCGUGGUGCAACAAGUACCACAUAAUUUUACACAAGGCGAUUGGAUGUGUCCAAAUUUACCAUGCAGUUUUCAUAACUAUGCAUCACGCACUCAAUGUUUAAGAUGUGGAACCUAUAAACCUAGUGGUAAUGGUAUAUCUUUUAGACCAGGCGAUUGGAUUUGCCCAAAUCCAAAUUGUAUUUUUCAGAAUUUUGCAUCAAGAACUCAAUGCAUGAGAUGUGGAACAUCAAAUCAUUCAGGUUAUGAUACAUAUGGGAAUUUAACGUCAUCAAUAAUAGAACAACAACAGGGAGGUGGUUUAUAUGGUACAACUAAUGUUAUGGGCGAUUGGUAUUGUCCAUCUUGCAACUCACACAACUUUGCAUCACGUUUUCAGUGUAUUCGUUGUAGUUUACCUAAACCACCUAAUGCUAUAAAUAACAUUGCAUCAAUAGUUAAUAUGAAACCUGGAGAUUGGUUAUGUGGUAAUGAUAUGUGCGGCUAUCAUAAUUUUGCAAAAAGAACACAGUGUGCAAAAUGUGAUGAGUUAAAAAUUCCUGAUUUAACUGAACUUGAUAGCACAUAUUAUAACUUGGAUCCACAAAAAAUGUGGAAGCUAAAGAGUGGUACCAUUGUGGAAAAAUUUAUAUACAAAUAUGCAAGAAAAUUGUCACAUGAAUCAUGCUUACAUUCAUUUAUCAUUAAUGAUGUUGAUAAAGAAGCAAAUUCCUUAUUUAGUAAAGAAGACUGGGAUGAAAUAUUCUCCUUCAAAGUUAAAAGGAUACCAAAGAUUGAUAAAUCAAUUAUUAAUCUUAUGAAAAAGUACUCAACAACUGAUUUAUCCAACAUUAUGCACACACUCUGGGAAAGUGACAAUGAUGACUCAUCAAAAUUAGAAGGGUGGUAUCAGUUAAACAUAUGGGGUGAAGGGAUGAGUAUGGCUUCAAGUGAUAGAAAGAACCAAGAAAAUUAUGGAACAAAUCGGAAGAAAAUUGGAAGAAAAGGGGAUGGAGUAUUUAGAUUGAAAGGAAGUAGAUUAGAAUUUGGUGCAAUUGAAACCAGAAGAGAGUGGGAGGGUGAACAUGGAAAAAAGUAUGUUAAAGACAGCUUGAAAUUGUGCAAAAUGCUUCAUGAUAUGUUAAUUCAACUUUCAAAAGAAUGCAAUAAUGAUGAAAAAAUCCUUAGAGAAUUACAAACAAUCGAGAUAUUAAACAAUAGAGCAUGUAAUCCACAAUCAGUAGAACCAGAUUUGGCCUUAAAUUUGGAAAUAGCAGACUUGAUUAAUCAGAAAAAACAAAACUAUCCACGGGAUGCCGCAAUGCAUAUAGUCAGACUUGUGAAUCAUCGAAACCCGACUGUUGCAUGGUUAGCUUUAACGCUCUUGGAUAUUUGUGUGAAGAAUUGUGGAUAUCCUUUUCAUCUACAGAUAGCAACCAAAGAAUUUCUGAAUGAACUAGUUCGUAAAUUUCCUGAAAAAUCACCUGCUAUCCCUAAUCCAAUACAAUUAAAAAUAUUGGAAUUUAUUCAAGAAUGGAAAAUCACAAUUUGUACAACUUCUCGACAUAAAGAUGACCUUGUACAUAUCAAUGAUAUGUAUCGGUUAUUAGUAUAUAAAGGCUACAUAUUUCCCGAGAUUGAUGAUCAAUCUGCAUCGGUUCUUAUUCCUAAGGAGACAUUGAAAUCACCUGAAGAAUUAGAAGAAGAAGAUAGAGUUGCUCAAGCAGCGGUAGAAGGUAGACCUUCAGAUUUAGCAGAGGCUAAUGAACUUAUGAAAAUUAUGUCAGGAUAUAAUCAAGAGGCAAAACCAGAUUAUAAAAAACAGGCUAAUGAAGAAUUGGAAAACAUACAACAAAAAGCCAUACUUUUAAAUGAUAUGUUAAAUAAUGUCAAAUCUAGUGAAGAAACUAGUAAAGGUGAUAUAUUUGAGGAAUUGAUACAAUCAUGUAAAACUUCUCAACCGAAAAUUCAAAAAAUGAUUUCCGAAGAGGAAGACUCUGAAAGCAUUGAUCGUCUUUUAACCUUGAAUGAUUUGAUUAAUACUGUUUUGACAAGAUAUGAAAAUAUUUUAAAAGGAAUAUUUGACCAACCUAAAGAACUGAACCAACAAUCUAUUUUACAACCAAAAGCGAAAGAAGAAACAAAAACUGAACCUGAACCUGAACCACAAUUAGGUCAAAUUAGAAUCACUUCAAAUCCAACUACAACAACUUCUUCUUCCUCCUCAACAAAUGAACCAGCAUUAUACAAUUCAACUUCUUCUAAUAAAGGAAACAGCGAUAAUAAUAAUUUUAAAUUAUUAUGA